AUGAGGAACCCUCUUGAGCUGUUGGUGAAGGAAGCCAAGAGACUCCCUGGGCAAUACAGAUCAUUGCUGUUGCCUUUAGUUGCCUCCAAGAAGUUGAAGCUGUCUACUUGGGCUCAAGGCCUGCUCAACAGGAAGGAAACAGUGCCUGGUGCUGUCAACUCAGUUAACCAGAUGUGGCUCGUGAGGCCGUGGGUCCUGGAGGAGAACAUCCUACUGCUACUCUCCCAGACCAGUAAAAUUCCCAAGCACCUUCCAAACACUUACCCUACCCACAGCAAGUGUAACUCUCACCCUCAUCAGACAUUUCUUUCUACAGCAGAUGGAGACCAUGACAGAAAGCCACAGGUGCUCACAGUGCAGAGGACAAUAAUAUAUGCUUGCUACGAGAGAGAAGGAACUAAAAGUGCUACCUUAAGAGUUACCAGGCUGUGGGGGUCUGUGGCCAGAGAAGAGGGCCUUGACCGCUGCACGAGCCUGGAGAGCUCGGACUGCGAGUCUCUGGACAGCAGCAACAGUGGCUUCGGGCCGGAGGAAGACUCCUCAUACCUGGAUGGGGUGUCCUUGCCCGACUUUGAGCUGCUCAGUGACCCCGAGGAUGAGCACCUGUGUGCCAACCUGAUGCAGCUGCUACAGGAGAGCCUGUCUCAGGCGCGAUUGGGCUCGCGGCGCCCUGAGCGCCUGCUGAUGCCAAGCCAGCUGGUGAGCCAGGUGGGCAAGGAACUCCUGCGCCUGGCAUACAGCGAGCCGUGCGGCCUGCGGGGGGCACUGCUGGACGUCUGUGUGGAGCAAGGCAAGAGCUGCCAUAGCGUAGCUCAGCUGGCCCUCGACCCCAGCCUAGUGCCCACCUUUCAGUUGACCCUGGUGCUGCGUCUGGACUCUCGCCUCUGGCCCAAGAUCCAGGGCCUGUUAAGUUCUGCCAACUCUUCCUUGGUCCCUGGUUACAGCCAGUCCCUGACGCUGAGCACUGGCUUCAGAGUCAUCAAGAAGAAACUCUACAGCUCCGAGCAGCUGCUCAUUGAAGAGUGUUGAACGACGUCCUGGGGGGGGGGGGGCAGUGCGCCCCGCCACCCC